UCUGAUCAGACCUCGUUAGUGAGAUUUUUUUCCACCCCCCCGGACUGAAACAGCGCGCUAAACUCAACUGCAGCAGUUUAAUUAACAAGAAACUACUGAAGCAGUUUAACACUUGUCUCUGAGUGGGAAGUGAAAACGACUAGCUGCGUGACAUCUGAUCAUCUCCCAAAGAGCGUCUGGCUGUUGUAAGAAAUCCACAUUAUACCCUUUGCGCACCGGGGAGAGCAGCGAUGUAACGUUCCAGUGUUGUGCGUAGCUGGCAUCAUCUCAGCCACUCUGUGAAAUUCGUGGGAAAAAAAAAAAAAACGCUGAAGGGAAGGCGCUGAGGGGACAGGACUGCAGAGGAGCUUUGUACAAGGACAGGAUGGAGGUGACUGUAUCCUGUGCGUGGAGUCAAGAGUGUUGAGCUGAAGCUGAAUAAACCUUUUUUUCCAGCUGUUUGAGCGGAGCAGGUGUGAAGGAGUUGCUUUUUGAGGAAUCUGGUGGAUGUUUCUGGAGCAGCUGCAGGUGAGGAGGCUGAGCUCAGCAGUUGCCAGGCUGCAGCUAUGGACGUUGAGGAGCGGUUUCCUCCCUCCGUAUCAGUGACCUCUUUGUUUGUCUCACCAUGCUGUACGACUCCGCCGAUAUCAUCUACAUCGUCCUGGAGCUGCUGAUUGCUGUGUUCUCCGUGCUGGGAAAUGUGUUGGUCUGCUGGGCCGUGUGCCUCAACAGUAACCUGCAGAGCAUCACCAACUUCUUCGUGGUGUCGCUGGCGGUGGCCGACAUCGCCGUGGGUGUCCUGGCUAUUCCCUUCGCCAUUGUCAUCAGCACUGGCUUCUGCUCCAACUUCUACGGAUGCCUCUUCAUGGCUUGCUUUGUGCUGAUUCUCACACAGAGCUCCAUCUUCAGCCUGUUGGCCAUCGCUAUAGACCGCUACAUCGCAAUCAAGAUACCGCUCAGGUACAACAGUUUGGUAACAGGUCAGCGGGCUCGAGGCAUCAUCGCCAUCUGCUGGGUUUUAUCAAUCAUCAUCGGUCUGACUCCCAUGAUGGGCUGGCACAACCUGUCUCAGAGCAGCAACAGUACCUGCCCACCUGACCAGAUGAAGCAGAGCGACAACAAUACCUGUUCGCCGGGCCUGAUGGAGUGCAAGUUUGAGUCGGUGGUGAACAUGAAGUAUAUGAUUUACUUCAACUUUUUUGGCUGUGUUCUGAUCCCCCUGCUGCUGAUGCUGGCCAUCUACCUGUGUAUCUUCAUGGCAGCUCGCUACCAGCUCAAGCUGAUUGAAGUGAAGGCGGUUCAUGGAGAGAAGUCUCGCUCCACGCUGCAGAAGGAGGUCCAGGCUGCCAAGUCCCUGGCCAUCAUUGUGGGGCUGUUUGCAGUCUGCUGGCUGCCGUUACACAUCAUUAACUGCUUCACCGUCUUCUGUCCUCAGUGUGACCGUUCUCCGCUCUGGGUCAUAAAUGUCGCCAUUAUCCUGUCUCAUGCCAACUCUGUAGUCAACCCCUUCAUCUACGCUUACCGCAUCCGGGAAUUCCGGCAAACCUUUCGUAAGAUUAUCCGGCGCUACAUCUUGGGCCGGCAGGAGGUGUUUGAGAGCAGCAGCAGUAAGCGUAACUCUACUUACAACAGCAUCACAGACUCCAUUAGACUGAAGGCUGAUGGCCUCAGCUUUGACCUUUUCACAGAGCACAGCAACAACAGUAGCUAUGAAAAUUCUUGCCGCUGCCCGACUCACGUCUCUCCUGUAGGGUCCGAUAUGGUGGCAGUAUCCCACACCCCUCUGUCAGUCAUUAUCUCCCACUGUCCUAAGAUGGAGACGUGUCCACUGAAAGCCCUCAGACAGACUCCAGCCCCCCUGGACCAUCAUCUGCAGUACUCGGUGCAACAGCAUGACUGUGCUGGAGCAGAAGUCCUGGAAGAGAAAGGCGAUCAGAACCUCGGCUCAGCCCACAUCACAUUGCUGUUCAGCAAGCCAAGCAGGAGGAGCUGCUGUAGUGAACUGACAAAGGUGUCUUGAUGCAUGCGCACGAGGGGUCAUGCACUAAUUCAGGAACUUUGCUGUAAAAUAUCAGCAUCAGCUCAGGAUCAGAAUAAAUCCAGACUGUAACCAGAUAACAAACAAUGAAUGUCACCGAGAUAACUUGUCUUCACUAUUUAAGUACACUUUAAGUCACAAUAAGAGUCUAAAAGCACUGCUGGCGGCUUGGGUAGGACGAGCUGCUUCUUAACAACCCACAUGACAGAGAGUGUUGAAACAGACUGACACUCUGGUCUGAAAGGUGCAGGGACACACAUCAAAAAAGGCUGCCUCAAUAAAUAAAGUCACUGAACGAUUUUGCUUUGACCAGUAAAAUUGCCACCAAAGAGAGAAGAAAGAGAGCCAAUGGAGACAAGGGAUGGACGUCUUACCCUGUUAGACCUGUAAGAAUUAAAUGAAGUGUUACUGGUUUCCUGUCUGGAUGUCCAUCUUUCUUUAAACACAGUGUGAGUAACUUUCUCUUUUUUUUUUCCAACCCCAUUGCUCCCUGUGGGCCCAUGCCAUUUGUGAGUGGACUAAAAAGGACAGUACAGAGUGGUUCCUGUUUGUGUCAAUAGCAAUGUAAUACUUCUCACGUUUUUCAAGCAAAGGCUGGAAAUGAGGUGAUGCAAUGCUGAAAUGUAACCUUGUGUUUUUGUUUGCUCAGUGAAAGAAUGAGGCUUUAAUUUGUGCUUGUUUCAGUGAGAUUACUGCAAAUGCAGACACAGUUUGAUAGAUGAUGGAAAAUAAUUUGAAGCAAGUUGUAAAUAAUUACAUUUUAAACUUGAAAAAAAUACUCAGUCUCAUCACCUUUUUAUUUUUCCUGAUGGGUUUAUCCUGAGUCCAGCGCAGCUAUUGUCUUCCAUGCACUUACAAGCAGACUGGCACAAAGACUUGUCUUUAAAUAAAUACCUUUGCCUUUUUGAAGUGUA